AUGUGCAAAAAGUCCCUGUGCAAGAAGCUGCUUGCCAGCCAGCACAGACAAUCUGGGAGGCUGGAUGAGAUCCUGCUGAGCCAGGGCACCGAGGAGCAGAAGAGGCUGCCCGCCUCUGACGGGAUCCUGGCGCUGCUCUGAGAAGUCACCAAGUCCUCCAAUGCUCACUACAGAGCCCUGGCCUGGUGCUAUCUGGGGAUGCUGCUGGAAAGGAAAGAAACGUUUUCCACCUCCCCAACGGGGAUCCAGGACUGUGGCUUCUCUGAGACUGACCCCCUUGAUUGCUUUGGCAAGGCGAUAGAAAUGGUGAAAGACAACCCUCCCUUCCCGGUGAAAAUCUUCCACUUCCUGGGCAAGCAGGAGAUGGCCAAAGGGAUAUGCAACACCGCACUGGAUGUCCUGUGGGACCCGCAGCUCAACUGGCAGGUUUACUGCGCCCGGGUGCAGGAUAAAGCCAUGGAGUUUGACCUGGGCGAUACCAUACCCGAACUGCAGCUCUUCAGGGGCAAAUGCCUGUGGCUUAAAAGCCAGGAAACGCUCACGUGCUUCAAGCGGGCCAUCGAACUGGAUGACGCGGGCUCCACUGAGAGCUUGUGGUGCCUCCUGGAGCCACUGCUCGUGCUCUUUGGUCAGAAGAAGCUGAAGACGGAAACGCUGGUGCAGGAGGUGGAGCAGCGGGUUACGAAAGCCGAGGAGAACCUUCAGCGCCCACAGCAGGAGCUGAGGGUGGUCUGCCGCAACCGCACGCUGGAGGUGAUCCAGCUCUCCGAAGCCACGAUGGCCCGGGGAAGGAUGGCGCUGGUAAAGCUGCUGUUUGAGACGAUGAAGGUCGAUUCUGCCAAGGGCAGGAGGGAGGAGCGGUCACUGUCCCUCUGA